GGUCAUACCAGCCCCAUACCUGAGAAGAGAGAAAAAAAGGUGUUUCUCUUCCCAACGUGGAUGAUUUCUGUUAUUGCUGGUAGUUCAGGAGCAUUACUUCUUCUUGUUCUUGUUCUCUGCCUUUGUCGCUGUAGGCGUCGUCGUAAAACAGUUGAUGAAGUUGGAAAAGGAAAAAAGAAUCCCACUUCAAGCUAUGUUGUAGGCGGUCCAGAUGUGGUUUCAACAAUGGAAGGGAGAGGUUCGUGUGGAGCCCAGGAAUCUAUUGAGGACGAUCCGUUCGUUGUCGCUGCAUCCAUGCAGGCCUUGGAUUCAACGAAUGGAAGAAAGAAAAAACUUGAUGCCACUAUCAAUUACGGAUACGAGCCUGAAGCAGAGAUACUUCUCAAGCCGGGGUCGCGUCAGGAGAAAAAUGGCCACGUUGUGCAAAGCAAAGAAGAACCUGAGUCAAACUCAGCGUACCCGGCCAAAGGACCACAAAGAGAUUUCAACACAUUUGCAACAAGCGUUGAACUUGUUCGAACUCCAAGUAGAAACACAACGGCCGUCGAGAAUCCUGUCUACACAGCAGUGGACGAAAAAGAGUCUUCUUCUCAACCGAAGGCGUCAACCUUACCUUUGCCUUCCAAAAACCAAAACGGUUCCAUUAAAGGACCUCUUGAUCCAACGGUACAUUAUGCUACGUCACAAAAGAAAAAGACAACCAAACAGCCUCGUCAGGGGCCACUUGAGUCAGCAAAUGCUGAAUCUCCACUGCACAACACUUCAGAGGAUAAACCUCAACAGGAGCCUUCGCUUGGAGAUCUAGAUCUGGAUGACCCUUCCAGCCUUCCAGCCAGCGAAAGACCACCAGAAAAACCUACCCCCAUAGCCAUGUUGCCUAGCAGGCAUACAGCCAACACCUUCCCAAGAAAUCUAAAUAAAGGUUCACCCGGACCACCAGGAUUUUUUUAUAUACCUGUGAAUAGAAAGGCACGAGCUCAAACUUACGGAGCAGAUAUGCCACAUCAACCACCUCCGCCAGGACUCCCAAGAAAGCGCUAUGCAACCGUUGAUGGUCAAUUAAAGAGGCUAAACUCACAGGGUUCGGAAGAUUCUCGAAGUUCCGAGUCGACACAAAAGACACACGCCUCAAAACCGGAAGAACCGACGGAUUGUGAAUGCGACAUAAGUGGAGUAUCGAAUAUGAGUUAUGUUAGUUACCUGGUGUGAAGAACACAGAAUUGUUAAGAUGCCACGUCAGUUCUAAUUCGUAAUGUGUAAAGAUUUGAAUCGAGAGCACAAUAUGAAACUAAAGGACCUUGCACAAUAAAGGUCCGUACGCAUGCGCUUUUGUUUUUGAAAACUCGUCAACACCACCGAAUCUUUUGGCUCCCUAACGAAAACAGAGACUUUUCUAGACGUAUUUUUUUUUACACAAUUUAAACUGUAUAUUGUAGCUGAGUCAUUAGUAAGAAAUAAGAAAAUUGAAUAAUCGGAAAUGAAACUCUAAUGAGCUUUCUUUCAUUUGUAAGCAUACGCUUACAUACCAAAUUAAAAGAAGUAAUGGUAGCCCUGGUAAACCGUUUAAGCUUCUUUAAGAAAAUGCAGACUAUUUCAGCCGUAUUCAGUUGAAAAAAAAACCAGCUAUCCACCUUUCAGGAAGAGUUUUAGGUUUUACAAGAGAAAACAAAUGUAUUGCUUAGGUUGGCAAAUUGAACUGUUACCCUUAGUUCUAAACACACCAGGAAAAUCCAUAUAGCUAUUAUUAGUAUUUCUAAACAUCAACUGAAAAAUAUAAGAUUUUUCAAAUGAAAGUAUAUGUUAUGUCUAUAAUAAAU